AUGGCCAGUGACGCUACUGUGGAACGCGUGGACGAGGCGUUGACUGCCCAGGUUCGGGUGUGUCUUCAGCGGCUUGAAGCUAUCAUCAACGACUCAGAACAGGCAAGUGACCAUCAGUUUGUGCAUGGGUCAUAUAGCGAUCCGGCGGGAACCGGAGACUGUCCCGCACCUGGUGGCGAGGCGGGCGAACACCCGCGGGUUGACAGUCUAGCGACUAUUUCGAGCGUGCUAGCCUCGCUGCGGGACUUGCGCAGCCAGCUUGCCGCUGUCCUCCGCGCAGGUGCAUCCCUGGAAACAGCUGCUGCUCUUGAUGGUGAACACGGCUCAGUGCGUCAGCAGCUUGCUUUGCGUGCGGAGCUAGAGGCGUCCCAGUCGCUGGUUUGGGCACUGCAGCGCGAGCUCAAGGCACGCACAGAGGUAGCAGAACGCUGGCGACUUCGUGCUAUCGAAAGUGAGAAAGCGCGGGCUACUCUUGAAGUUCGAUACCAGGCACUGAAAAGGACAUGGGAAGCUGCUCAGGGGCAGGCUCAGCCUGAGGGUUGCCUCUUUCCGCAACAGGCUACAGCGUCGCACGACUCGCACGGAUCGAGGCGCUUGCCGGCUGAUUCGAAGGAUUCCGGCACUGCAACUGCAUAUAGAACGAUGCAUGAUGCUGCAGAUACUUCGAGUGAGCGGCACGAUGGCACCCAAGUCUCGAGUUUGGGUGCUGAUGCGGUAACGUCAACAGAACACGCGACGGUGGAGCGCGCGCUAGCGGCUGCGCAGUCCCUGGACCGGCCUGCACUUUUGCUGCAGUUACGUACUCUAUACCGGGAAAGAGAAGCGUUGGCUGCUGCACUGGCCCAGGCAGAGGACAGACUCGGGCGAGGUGCCUUCGAUCCGGAGCGCUAUCGGCUGUGGCAUCCGCGUAAGGCACCGCCCCAGCUCGGCACGGUGUCGGCACGUGAAGGCACCACGACAAUGCCGAAUACCACGACGACGAGCACGAACAAAAUGAAAGCAACAACAACAACAACAACAACAGCAGAUAGAUCCUCAAAAACGGAGUCGCCCGCUCCAAGCGUGGACUCAGGUGCCGGGGAUGACGAAGCGACUGGUCACCAUAUGGAUCCCUGGAAGCUCGUUCAGCGGACGCGUGAAGCUGCGCGAGCGAAAAUCCAACAAGUUGUCGAAUCUAUUUACUAUCUCUUCGGUUGGCGAUUACGUAUCGCUGGCUCUGUUUACACACUGGAAAGCCUCUAUGCAGAAAAUGCGGAUGACAAGAUCCAGUUUCAUCGCAAUGAACGAGGUGCUUUCGAGCUGAUGGCCACGGAUUUUGUCCAGCGUGCUCUUCGAGCUGAAGUGGAGACGCUCCUAUGCCAAAUGGAUUCCAUCCCAGCUUUUUUGGCGACGGUUCAGCUGCAGUUAUUUGAACAGAGCACCGCGGUCACUGGAAUUGCGUCUGGGUAG